UUGUGUUUGUCCAGAUCUCUCACAGUUGUGAUUGAGCAGAUGGAACAGUUCUCCUCUCGGCUGGGAGAGCUUUCUUCUCGGGUGGAGAGCACACAUGAAAACACCGCCCACGGCCUGGAGCAGGGGGCACGGCACAGGGAUGAGCAGCUCAGAAUAAUGCAAGAGCGACUGGCUCAGCAGCAGAAAACCAUGGCAGAGGAGAGAACGUACCUCAAGGAAAUAAUUUCCAGGAUGGACGCUCAGCUCAAUGAGCAGCAGAGACAGCUUGAGAAGGAGCGAUGGAAGAUAACGGCCGAGCAGGCCAAGGCAGAGUCCACGCAGAGAGGCCUGGAGGAAGAGCGACGAUCCCUCAGCAUGCAGAUCAACAUGGAGAGGGAGGAACUGGAGAGA